CUGUUGCUGCUUGGUGCCGCACGCAAUAUAGCCGAACGAAGCACCAAUACACAAAAACUCGAAUGAUGGUUCUGCCCAACAUAUUAGUAACUGGUACCCCCGGUACGGGAAAAUCGGAACUUUGUCAGCAGCUGGUCGAAAAGCUGGACUUCCAGUGGCAAAACGUGAGCGAAAUAGUGAGUGUUAACAAGUUUGUUGAGGAGUACGAUGAGGAGUUCGAAUGUCCGGUGUUGGAUGAGGACAAGUUACUGGACUACCUAGAACCGCUGAUGAAACAGGGCGGUUGUGUGGUCGAAUACCAUAGUUCAGAUUUUUUCCCGGAGCGCUGGUUUGCGGCCGUUUUUGUUAUGCGUUGCUCUACCUCGCUGCUGUACGAUCGGUUGCAGGCUCGUGAGUACAACGAGCGCAAGAUUAAGUCAAACAUGGAAUGCGAAAUAUUCCAGAUUCCGUUGGACGAGGCAAAAGAUGCCUAUCGUACUGAUAUCAUUUUCGAGCUGCAGAGCGAUACAAAGCAGGAUCUAGACGCUAAUGUGGAGCGCGUGCGCGACUGGCUAGAACAGUGGAAGGCGAAGCACAAUAAAGCGUAAAUUAUGGUCA